AUGGCAGGAAGGAAUCAUGCUGCAAUCGCUGCUGCUUUGGAGGCUAUGGCUCAUGCUUUGGAGAAUCAGUCGAACGCUGACGAGAAUGCUGGAUCUCUUAGUUUGGCGACUUUCCAAAGGGAGAAUCCGCCUACCUUCAAGGGCACGUAUGAUCCUGAUGGAGCUUUGACUUGGUUGAAGGAGAUUGAGAGAAUCUUUCGUGUGAUGGAUUACACUCCAGCGCAGAAGGUUCGAUAUGGUACUCAUAUGCUAGCACUCGAGGCUGAUGACUGCGAGGCGACUGCUGAAUUUUCACAGUGCAUGAAGUUUGAGAAUGGGUUGCGAUCUGAGAUCAAGAAAGCAGUUGGAUACCAGAAGAUCUGUGUCUUUGCUAAUUUGGUUGAUAGUUGUCGGAUCUAUAAGGAGGAUAAUAAUGCUCAUUACAAGAUUGUCAAUGAGAGGGGGAGUAAGCACCAACAGAACCGUGGCAAGCCUUAUGAUGCUCCAGUUGGGAAAUGUAAACAUAAAGUUGCUGAUGGUAAGAGAACUAGUGGGGGAGAUGCUCCUGCUGGCGUGAUUUGUUUCAAAUGUGGGAAAUCUGCUCAUAAGAGUAUUGUGUGCACUGUUGAGGUGAAAAGGUGUUUUCGUUGUGGUAAGACUGGGCAUGCAAUGUUUGAGUGCAAGCAUAAUGAGAUGGUUUGUUUCAACUGUGGGGAAGAGGGACACAUUGGUAGUCAGAAACUGAAAUUGAAUCUUACGUUGACUUCUAUGAAUGGAGAAAUGGUCGUCGAUACUCCAGCUAAGGGAUCGGUGACUAAUUCUCUUGUGUGCUUAAAGUGUCCUUUGUCGGUCUUUGAUAGACACUUUAUUGUUGAUUUAAUUUGUUUUCCAUUAAGAGGAUUAUAUGUGAUCUUAGGUAUGAACUGGUUAGAGCAUAACCAUGUUCAUAUUAAUAGUUAUGAUAAGUCGGUGAGGUUUUCUACUCCCGAAGAGGAUGGAGUUGAUUUGUUGUCUGCUAAACAGUUGCGACUGUUAAUGAAAGAAGAAGUUCAGGUGUUCUCGUUGAUAGCGUUGUUGUCUAUGGAGAAUCAAGAUAUAAUUGAUGAGUUGCAAGUGGUACGAGAAUUUCCUGAAGUUUUCCCUGAUGAAAUUCUUAAUGUACCGCCAAAAAGAGAAGUUGAAUUUACUAUUGAUCUUGUACCUAGUACCAUACUUGUCUCUAUGGCACCAUACAUGAUGUCCUCAUCUUAA